AUGUCCUUCCAAAGAUCGCCCCUGUCGCCUCACCAGGCUAACCAGCAGCUCCACCAGCCCUUGGCCGGUCACGCAUCCAGUGGCUCGGUAUCCAGAAAACACUCCAUUGUGGAGAUGUUGCUGUCGCCACCACCGCUUCCUCAGGAUGGCCACCUGGCGCUGGUUGACGAGUUCUCCUUGUCCAGAAACACCUCUGUAUCUUCCAGAGCCCUGUCAGUGUUUCAGGCCGGCGGAGCGGCUCGUAACGAUUGGCCUGAUGUGAUCUUGGCCGACUUGGCCGAGUCCAACAAGCUCGUGGCCAUCAACAGAACAUACUCCGUCCAGAAGGCCUUUGAGACCUUGAUUUCACACAAUUUGACCUCCUUGCCUGUGCUGUGCACGGCAGACUCCUCGGACUUGUCCAAUUGCUUGUCAUUCGACUACCUGGACUUGAACACCUACCUAUUGAUGAUCAUGAACAAGAUCGCCAUCAGCGACUUGUGUGUAGAUGACAUUCCCGACGAGCAUGGCGACCCCCAUGCCUUGACACCAGCCCAGAAGCACGAGAAGCUCCACCAGUUAGUGGCUAAGGCCAAGAAAGGCGAGGAGGUCCCUGUGGACUUCAUCGUGAGAUUGCACCCUAAAACACCCUUUGUGAGACUCAAGGACGGAGAAUCAUUAUUCAGAGCGGUAGAGGCUUUUGGAAACGGUGUUCAUCGUGUUGCAAUUGUCGAUAGUGCUAACAAAAUCACCGGUAUCCUUUCUCAGAGAAGAACAAUUCGUUUCCUUUGGGAGAACGCCAGACGCUUCCCAUCACUUGAAUUCUUACUCAAUUCGUCCUUGCAGGACUUGAAGAUCGGCUCUACAGCACCUAUAACAAUUCAGGGCGAUCAGCCUUUGAUUGAAGCAUUGCAGAAAAUGUUCGACGAAAGAGUCUCUUCCCUUGCGGUCAUUGACAAGAACAAGUCCUUAGUGGGUAACAUUUCCAUUGUCGACGUGAAAAACGUCUCUUCAACCAAGAACUCACACUUGUUAUUUAAGCCAGUCACCAAUUUCAUCUCCUACAACUUGUCCCAAAAAGGCAUUGAGCGUGGCCAAGAUCAAUUCCCCAUUUUUCACGUCAGUCAGCAGAGCUCUUUGGGCCGCGUAAUUGCUAAGUUGGUUGCUACAGAGUCACACAGAUUAUGGAUUGUGGAGAACAGAGGUUCCCAUCUAGGUUCUGCUUCUGGACCUCCAAGUACGGUUGAGGCUGCUCUCUCAAAUGAAGGCAUCCAACCCGAAAGUGGACGCCCCGGCAAGCUCGUGGGUGUUGUUACAUUGACUGACAUCUUGGGUUUAUUUGCCCAGCACAAGUCAGGCAUCAAGAUCGAUCCUCAGACGGCUAGAAACCACAGAAGACGCUCAUCCACGUCUACUACCAGACUGUCGAUUGAGAGCUCUCACCUCCCGUCAGUCAACACCACGUCAUCCACACCAUCAUCGCAACCACAUCUUCAACCAAACCAGGACAUGUUCAGAAAGAACUACCAGACUGGGCAGAGAGAAAGUGCUUUCGAACAGUAG